AUGGUCAAGUACAUCCUGACGCCGUGGCGGGACAGGGAGGAGCUGCUUCUUGUAAGGCACCAGUUCUAUGCUGCGUCUCCGUCAUGGCUCGGAGAACACAGCCGUAUGUGGCACCAGGAUGCCACCAAGCACGGCGGCUUGAGUGAGGGGGACGAAGAGGGCAAAGAUGAUCUUGGCAACCCUGAAGCUGGAGAGCAGGAGCGGCGGCGGCGUCGGAGGAUGGCGGGCGUGGAGAGGCUCAGGCGCAACCAGCGACUGCAACUUCACCAGGCCGUGGCACGGGUGUCGAUGUGGAUGCAGCGCGGCAACUGCCCGCACAUGGUGGAGUCCACGGCCCUGCUUACGGCAGCGGUGCUGAGCGACGAGGAGCUGAUGGUGAACACGAAGGCGACCGGGGUCGACAAUGUGACGGCAUCGUCGGCUUACGCCGUAAGAGCGGCCUACUCAGCAGCGUUCAGCAGAUUCGUCACCGGUUUGUUGGACGGCCACCAGGACAAGCAGCGCAAGCAGAGCAUGUACUCCCUUGCCAGGACCAUUGGUCUCCCGGCUACUUUCGUCGAGCUGAGGCACCAGUCGACACAUGAACAGCUCCCCUCCCUGGCCAAGCUUCGCUCUGCAGCCAAGAAGGCGCUACGGUGGAUUUGGGGGUACUACUGGAGACACCUGGCUGGUGAUGACCUGCUGUCUGAAACGUGUGAGGAUGCUUUGCUGCGCUACCUGCGGGAAGGGGAUCAUGAUCCUGAUGCCGACAGGAGAAGCCGCCUCGCGCUGGAGAGGCGGUGGGACGUCGGCACCCUGCUCAGCUGCCUCUCCCGCCUGCAGGACACGCUGCCAGGCAACCAGGCAUAUGUCAAAUGCAUGCGACUAUCGCGGGAGCUUGUGGAGGCAGAGGAGGAGGAGGAUCAGGAACCGCCCCAGCCAUUUCCUCCGGCCGCUGGCCCAGCAUCGGAUCCUCAAGACGGUGCGGCUGCCACCGGUUGGGCGCAUAUCCGCACCAUGCAUAUUGAGGCUAUUCCACUGUAUGACAAGUCCAAGGAUGCUGUGAUCAUUGACCCAGCCAACCCUCCCGAGGUGGUUCCAGUGCUCAAGGAGGCAAUCAGCUCUGGCAGGAUCAACUUGACUGCCAUUGUCAACACCCACCACCAUUGGGAUCAUGCUGGAGGAAAUAAGAAGCUUCUUACUGAGCUCGGCACUCCCAACCUGACUAUCAUCGGUGGCAAGGAUUGCGAGGGAGUAACACAAACUCCUAAGCACAACGAAGUCACGAAACUGGGUGAUAUCAAAGUGACCAACAUCUACACUCCCUGCCACACCCAGGAUAGCAUCUGCUACUUUCUGGAGGACAGCACUGGCAAGGCCGUGUUCACUGGUGAUACCCUCUUCAUCAGCGGAUGUGGAAAGUUCUUCGAGGGAACAGCUGACCAGAUGCACGAGGCUCUCAACAAGCGCCUCGGAGCUCUCCCUGAUGAGACUGUUGUCUAUCCCGGCCAUGAGUACACCAAGUCCAACGUCAAGUUCACCGUUUCCGUCUCCCAGACCGACGCGAUCAAGAAGCUGCAGGCGUUUGCCGACGACAACCAGGUGACGACCGGCAAGUUCACCAUUGGUGAUGAAAAGAAACACAACGUGUUCAUGAGGGUUGAGGACCCGGAAAUCCAAAAGGCAACGGGCGAGACCGACCCGGUCAGCGUCAUGGGCAAGCUCCGUGAGAUGAAGAACAACUUCAAUACUAACAACACCAACCAGACCACCGGAGGCAAAGAUAUGACUGAUGAGAUUACGGAGAACAAGGGAAAGCACGUCCAGAAAGCGGAUGUGCGCCGUCACGCAUAUACUCACAUCGAGUCCCAGGGCGUGUCACAGAACAAGAUGCCGCCAAAGCGCAAAACCGGCGCCGCAGCCAGCGCACCUAAGGCACCACCGCGAUCGAAGCUCGCCAAAGAGCACAACAUCUCGGCGCAAGAGGAGGGCGAGAUUAAGGAGGCCUUCAGCCUCUUCGCCGAGCCCAUGGACGGCGAGAAGAACGGAGUCAUCCCGAUUGACGACGUCAAAUCGGCUCUAAUAGCCCUCGGCAUCCCUGCCUCCUCGCCCGCCGAGCUCAGGGAGUUCAUCUCCAUCCUCGACCCCGAGUCCGACGGCUUCGCGACGUACGAGCCGUUCCUCGCCAUCUGCGCCCUCAAGUUCCACUCGCGCGAGGACGACACGGACGAGGCGCACCGCCACGAGCUCGAGGAGGCGUUCCGGCUCUUCACCAACGGCCAGGGGGGCACCAUAACGCUGGCCCACCUCCGCCGCGUCGCCGCCGUGCUCAAGGAGGACGUGGACGAGGAGGUGCUCAAGGACAUGAUACUGGAGGCGAACGGCGGGGCGGGCGUCGCGAGGGGGGUCGAGCUGGCCGAGUUUGACGGCGUGAUGAAGAAUGCCGGCGUAUGGAGGUGA